AUGGACGAUAAGGCUAUCGAACUACAACUGUCUCGAAUCAUUUCUGCUUCAGAAUACACAACCAUCUUUACAACUAUCGUGCCGAAACCGACUGCGAAAGCCGAUGCUACUGCCACUACCGAGAUUCCUGUCGUGACCGUCACGCAGGAAGCUACUCAAUCAGAUGUCAGCUCGGGAGGGUUACCUGGAGGCAAGAUCUUUGGAGCUUUAGAGAUCAUCAUUGCUCUAGGAGUACUGGUCGGCGUUCUACUACUCAUCAUGGGCAUCAUCCUCUGCGAUCGACGAAGAAAAUCCAAGAAGCGAAAGCGAGCAUCUUCCAGAGUUCAAAAGAGAAUGGGGGAAAAGAACGAACCAGUACCUGACACCAGUAGCCAAGUCAAUCGAUCACCCACGGAUACACGGUUAGCAGAAUCGAUAUGGCCUCGAAUGGCGGAGCAGAAUCAGACAGUUCACGAAUAUUGGAAUAACGAUGCGUCACGGCAGAAACAAGCUUGGGAGCAGGGACCACCGGGAGGCAUGCCACCAGGACAAGGACAGGGUCAAGGGCAAGGACAAUAUAGAUAUCAAUAA